AUGGCCUAUCCCACGGGAAAACUCCCUUGGACAAAUUCGCUGUCGGGACCCGGUUCUACCUCUGGCAACCAGUCAGUAGAUCACACCGACGACGAGCUAGGUGAACGUACGAACUCCGACUCGGCGGCUUCCUCAUCGUCAGCUCAUGGUUCUGCCUCUGGCGAACAUCCAGAUGAGCCCUUCAUUGGCCCGCUCCCUGAAGGCACAGACUGCCCGACGUCCUCGUCGCCAAGUCACGGUUCUGGCCUCAGCGCUCUACCGUCUUCAUCGCCUGAUCACCAACCAGAUGGACGCAACAAGAACACGCUUCCUGAACGUACAGACUCACUCGCAGAUCCUGGCGGCCCACGGAAAAUAGGGACGGACUUAUCAAACAUGACGGAGGAUGAGAGAAGGGAAUGGGCUUGGGACAUUGCCGACCCCAAUCGCAAACCCAAAUCCAAACCCGUCAGGCCCGACCCCAACAGCCACUACGUCUCUCCCGAGGGUAAAGUAGCCGCCUCGAAUAGCUUUUAG